AUGGAUUUAUUUAUCCAAUGCUCGUGGCUUCGAGAAUCUCACAUAGAUUGGAUAUUUCAAGGACCAACCUGUCUAGUAUUAAUACUCAAUUUAAUAUUUCUCAUACGCAUCAUGUGGGUGCUCAUCACAAAGUUGCGCUCGGCCAAUACUCUGGAGACGCGUCAAUAUCGCAAAGCAUCAAAAGCUCUGCUUGUACUCAUACCAUUAUUCGGUAUCACGUAUCUCAUUGUUCUUUUUAGUCCUGGCG